ACUGAUGACGUAAUGGUCGCGCGGCAUCGGAGCGACACAUUGCGUGUCAACUUGUCAGCAGUCAGCGUCGUGAUCCAAAGGAGUCAACUUGUCUUCCGCGUUCUACACGUGCUGCCUUUGAACGACAAUGCAGGCCGUGGGCGAGGUGUUGGCGAAGGUGAAGGGCCAGGUGGCGGACGCCUCCCAGGCGGUGCAGGACAACCCGGCCGGGCAGGCGGUGAGGAAGCAAGUCGACCAGCUGGUGUCGCUGGUGCAGGGCAAGCUCAAGGUCUCCGAGAACCUCGACGAAGCAGAUCCGACCAAAUCGCAGGUCGCUGACCGCGCUGAUUGCGAGGAGUCCAGGCUGGCCUCCGCCAAGCACUGGGCGCUGGGAGUGUCCGCGGGCGUCCUGAAGACAGUUCAGAGUGUGCCGGCUUAUGUCUGCUCCACAGCCUACUCGGCCAAGUCUUACGUGUUUGAUACACUUCAAGGCCGGAAAAGCGAGGAUCCAAGCAAUGAACACGAAACUGCUGCUAAAGAAAAGGAGGGGGAGCCGGCGCAGGAAGACCCCGCGGGUCACGUGUCCGGACGGGAGGACCCCGUGCGCGCGGAGGCCGACGGGAAAUCUCCCGUCCCGCAGACUCCCGCGGAGGGCUUAUCGGAGCAGCACCAGAAGCUCCCGGAGGUGCCUGCGGCGCAGGCCGGCCAGUGGCUGUCUGCCUUCAGGCGCUGAGCGCCCCGUUGCCUCUCCGCCAAUGAGCUUCCAGCAAGUCGUAUGUACUCGACGAAUACCAAACACAACAAUACGUUGCCGUGUGCUUACCGUACACGGCUUCAAAUGGCAAGUCAUUUUUUGAGCUUGUAACCAUCAACGUUAAACAUUAAACAUGUGUGAUUAAUAUUGGUGAAUAUUGGUGUAAAUACAAAUUGUAAAUAUGUAAAUACUGGUAUACUAAAUUUGUGAUUAUUGUUCAAAUCAUGUCUAUUAAUAUUCUAAAAUGUAUUUUUUUAUUGUAGCCCACUUGUAAUUUUUGAAAAUUGUAUAUUAAAAUAAUUUGUGCCAACUAUAAAA